CCCUGGGACCUAGCACAUAGUGGAAGCCAUCUUGGAUUUUGGCUUGGCGACAAGGUCUUUGCAAGGCGCCAGGCGAAAAACAGCUUUUAAAAGGCCUCUACCAUCAUGCUGUCACGAGGAUUAAGAGGAAUAAGGCCUCCUCUGGCCUCUGUGAAGCAGGCUGCUUCAUUAAGGCUGAUGAACAAGAGGGGUUUCUCUGAUCAAGUUCAUAGUGCAGAAUUUGACCUUAGGGAAUACACCCUGCACAAGAUCACAGAUGGUCCUCCUGGCAAGGCAGUCAUGACCAGAGAGGAGGGACUGACCUAUUACCGACAGAUGCAGAUUGUGCGACGCAUGGAGACUGCAGCUAGUAACUUGUACAAGUCCAAGGUUAUCCGUGGUUUUUGUCAUCUCUACUCGGGACAGGAAGCUUGUUGUGUUGGCAUGGAGGCUUCCAUUGACAAAAAUGACAGUGUCAUCACCGCAUAUCGAUGUCAUGGCUGGACAUACAUGCGUGGGAGAUCUGCACGCGAAGUGCUCUGCGAACUUACAGGACGUAAGACCGGGUGUACCCAAGGAAAAGGCGGCUCCAUGCAUAUGUACGGCCAUGAGUACUAUGGGGGUAAUGGCAUCGUUGGAGCUCAGGUGCCACUAGGUGCAGGAAUAGCUCUUGCUCACAAGCUCCGUGGCAAUGGCCGCAUCUGUCUGACACUGUAUGGUGACGGGGCAGCAAACCAAGGUCAGCUCUUUGAGACGUACAACAUGGCAAAGCUCUGGAAUCUCCCGUGUAUCUUCAUCUGUGAGAAUAAUGGUUACGGCAUGGGGACAUCUGUGGAAAGAGCAGCUGCUACUACCGAGUACUAUUCUCGCGGGGACUACAUCCCUGGUAUAAGGGUGGAUGGAAUGGAUGUAUUGACAGUUCGUGAGGCAACCAAGUGGGCUGUGGAUUAUGCCAGAUCUGGAAAAGGCCCUAUACUUAUGGAGCUCAAAACGUACCGUUAUUAUGGACACAGUAUGAGUGACCCAGGCACGAGUUAUCGUUCCCGUGAUGAGAUUCAAUCCGUGCGCAAGACAAGGGAUCCGAUCACUGGGUUGAGAGAGAAGCUGCUUGACUCAGGACUUGCCAGCACAGAUGAUAUUAAGAAAAUUGAGCAAGAGGCUAAAGCUGAAAUAGAUGAGGCAGUAGAGUGUGCGAAGAACGACCCAGAACCCCCCCUGGACGACCUCUUUAUGCAUGUAUACUCAGGGGGGACAUAUGCAGAUAGGCAGAUCCGUGGCUGUGAUGUUAUGUCAUGGCAUGCUACCAACUAGACCCAGGGCCCAGAAUCCACAGUUAGCAGAGCAAGGACUAGAGACUAGAGUGCAGGCUGAAGAAAAAAAACAGAGUUACUGGAGUUCACCUCUUUAGAUACCUAUGUGUAAAGCCUGUGCAAUCUUUGAAGUUUCCUUUGAAAGCCAAAUUAUCCUAAAACUCUAAUGUGAAGCUGAAAGUGAGCUUAUUCAGUGAUUCUUGUUUCACUUUGAGGUCUGCAGGUAUGCCUGUUUUUAUCUGUAAAAUAAAUUUCAAAUUCUAUAAUUAAAAAGAAAUCAUUUGACUGCUCA